GCAUGCACUUUAACCUUCCUGCCUUGGUAUAUAUAGUCAGACUGACUAUCAGAGUUCUCCUGGCAGCCACCAUGAAGGGCACAGUCUCGAUCUGCUGUCUCCUCGGCCUGGUGCUUUUGCAGGCCACAGCAGAAGAGGAAGACUUGACCUCCAUCCUAAGGGAUACACAUCACAUCGAUGAAACACUGCGACUUGCAACCGAGCAAAAAGCAGCAGACUAUGCAGCGGCUCUACAGAAGUUGCGAAAGAUCUACCACUCAUCCAUCAGGCCGAUGGAACAGGCCUACAAGUACAAUGAGCUGAGGCAGCACGAGAUCUCAGCGUACCCCGGACGAACCCUGGGGGACUCGGCCACAGAUGGAGAGAUAACCUCCAAGCCCCUGGUGCUGUUCCUUGGACCCUGGAGUGUAGGAAAGUCCUCCAUGGUCAAUUAUCUCCUGGGCUUGCAUGACAGCCCCUAUCAGCUCUACACAGGAGCUGAGCCCACUACCUCUGAGUUUACUGUUAUCAUGCACGGGGAGAAGAUCCGCUCUGUUGAGGGCAUUGUCAUGGCCGCAGACAGCUCUCGCUCCUUUUCUCCCCUGGAGAAAUUCGGACAAAACUUCUUGGAAAAACUGAUCGGCAUUGAGAUGCCGCACAAGUUGCUGGAGCGUGUGACUUUUGUAGACACACCAGGAAUCAUCGAGAACCGCAAGCAACAGGAAAGAGGUUAUCCUUUCAAUGAUGUUUGCCAGUGGUUCAUUGACCGUGCAGACCUGAUCUUUGUGGUGUUCGAUCCCACAAAGCUGGACGUUGGCCUGGAGCUGGAGAUGCUUUUCCGACAGCUGAAGGGUCGCGAGUCCCAGAUCCGCAUCAUCUUAAACAAGGCUGACAACCUGGCCACUCAGGACUUAAUGAGAGUCUAUGGAGCGCUGUUUUGGAGCUUAGCUCCCCUCAUCAAUGUGACGGAACCCCCUCGAGUCUACGUCAGCUCCUUCUGGCCGUACGACUACGCAGCCGACACCAGCCGUGACCUUUUCAAACGGGAAGAGAUUUCCCUCCUGGAAGAUCUCAACCAGGUGAUUGAGAACCGUAUGGAGAACAAGAUCGCCUUCAUCCGCCAGCACGGCAUCCGUGUGCGAAUCCAUGCCCUGCUGGUAGAUCGCUACGUCCAAACCUUUAAAGAAAAGAUGAGCUUUUUCAGUGACCCCGAACUGGUGUUCAACGAGAUCGUGGAUGACCCAGACAAGUUCUACAUUUUCAAAUCCAUUUUAGCCAAGACCAACGUCAGCAAGUUUGACCUGCCCAACCGAGAUGCUUACCGCGAUUUCUUUGGCGUUAACCCGAUCGCCAACUUCAAGCCCCUGUCAGCUCAGUGCUCUUACAUCGGCGGCUGCCUUUUGGAAAGGAUUGAAAAGGCAAUCACCAACGAGCUGCCCGCCCUUCUGAGCAGCAUUAACUCUGGGAAGCAACCCGGCCUGUCAACCUGCGAGGCAACUGGCUGCGGCGAAAAGCCAAAGAAUCGUUACCGAAAGGACUGAGGAACAUGAAAUAACUUGUGUGGUGGAAGUAAGGAAAGGGAGAAGGUGAAGAACGAGAGCUCCGGUGGAACCCUGCUCACGUCAGAAGUCAGAAUGUUGUAUUGGUGAGGAGACGGAGGAGAGAAAAUGAAGGAUUUUUUUCUUUUUUUUUUUUUUUUUCUUAAAGGAAUCUGGGAGGGUGUCUUUUUGUUUUUCUUUCGGGACAGCAAGAAUAAUGAAGACUGCAGGAGGGAGGGGUUAAUUGUUUGAUAAGGCAGCUUAAGGACACACAUGCUGAAGAAGUGAGAACAUGCCACUGGUCACAGAGUUUUGUUGAAGCACACACCCUCUUCUCUCCCUUGCACAAUCACGUUGGACUGUCUGGGACGGCGGUGUUGGGGAAUGAAUCAUGUGAAGAAGAACAGAAAUGGCAAAGAAUGAGUAUGAUCAAUUACAAACAGUGAAUCCCGAGGCUAAAAAUAGUCAAGUACCAGCUCCCUUGCAUGUGACUAAAACAGUAAAGUUGAAACAGAAAUCUGUGUUGUAAAAUGAUGCUAAUUGCAUUACAGCAGCAAAUCAAUUCCACGAGCUUCAGAAUUAGUUUUUGAAAUAGCUCUUUUUUGUGGGUGCUACACAAACUCUUUGUAUUUGGCUGAUCAUCCAAACUUUUGGUAGUGAAAUACAUUAUUUUUGCAUGUAAGUUAUAUCUUCUUUAGCAGAAGCAUGUGUUUUUAUUCUAACAAGCAAAAUUUCCUCUUAGUGUUUUUGACACCUGAACCAAUCCUUUCUUUGCGAUGAAGAAGGCCUUUUUCCCUUAGUUUAGUAUGCUCACCAGUCUUGGUUGUUGACAACCUGUGAUAAAAGCAGAGUUAGGGGUUCAAAGGUCAGAGUCUUCAGAGUAGAGAGGGUCUUCACUUCUUAACUUACUGUGUUUCUUUGAGUUUAUAAAUUAGCCAGCCUUCGACAGACGUUCAAUACUGUGUUAAAAAUUAUUAUUUCGUUCAGUGAUAAGCUCUACAGCUUUAAAAAAAAGCUGAAUGUCCAUGAAAGAAAUACAAUGAAUGAUGUGCUUAAGUUACACCUGUCUUUUUCCAUGUAAUUUGCCACUGCAGGUUAGAGAGACCUUUAUCGAUUUUUGACUAUGCAACUUUCCAAAUGGGAUUAGAAGUAUGUUGUUUAGUUAAACUGAAAAACAAAUCCUGCUGCCGUCCAAGUUUGAAGAGUCACUACAAAGCCGAGUUGGUGGAUUGCAAUCAUUUAUAUCUUGCAAAAACUGGGAUGGAGGUAAAGGUGAAGUAGAGAAUUUGAGAGCUGAUCCCUUAACUCUACUGAAAUUAAAUGAGCCUGAUCUAAAAUGAAUCCCGACCUUGACCUCGCACUGGUAGAAGGUGAUACUUAUAAGAUCGCAAGUGCUCAUGCAGAAUACCUCAAAGAAUGUCCCAGCCAGGAGUAUUGCAAUGAAAAUUGUUUUAAAAAUGUUGCCAUCUUGGGAAAUACAUGUCUCUAACGCCAGACAUCUGAGUGACAAGGCAACUUCCAUGAAUUGUGUCAUUGAUAGAAGCUGCUAAACAAUCCACAAAGACAUACUAUGUUGUUUUGUUUUUUCAAUUUGCUUUUAGGAUGGCUAAAACACCAAAUUUUAUAUGUUUGGAUUUGCUUUAAAUGUUGUCUAAAGAACAUGUUUUUAUUCUUUCAAAAGUGCUGGAUUAACUUUCUUCGGUGUUUAAGCUAAGAAACAUGAAUAAGCUCCUGGAUGGUUAAUAAUUACCACAUUAUUGUGCCCAGAAGUUCUCAACUUCUCUUCUUAUUCGACAAGAAAGCCAUUCAAAGUAUUUUCCAAAAUGUAUAUCACUGUUUUUAAAACAAAGUCCUGAUUAUUCAAGGAACAGGUUGAUGAUAGGACAGGCGCUCCUGCAGCAUGAACUUGACUCAUGGACAUUCACGCACUUCCGCCUCCCUCCAUGUCCUCUUUCAUGAACCCCUUUACUCCUUUCCUCUUGUAGACCUAGGUUUGACGAUAAUAAUGAGAGCAUGCACCAAGGAAGCUUCUUUCCUCUUCUUGUCAGUCUGAGAGCUGAAAUGGGUGUGUCGUAUCUUAAUGCUGCAGAUACAAAACUUGCCCACAAGAGAGUGCUGUGAAAAAGGCUAAAAGAUGCAGAGCUCAUUAACGUUCAACAUGGAAAACAAUGGAAGAAGUUUAUUGUUUGUAGGAUGAUGUAAGUUUAUUCAUCUGUGAAUCGAUGUGUGUCCAAUUAAAAAAGCGAAUUCUUCUUCUUUUAUUAUUUUUUUGGGUAUAAAAUUCAAAUUAAUAAUGGCCCAACUUUUGGAAGCUUGAUAAACAUGAAUAAAGAUUUCUGAUGGA